AUGUCAAGAUCUAUUCAAGUCUUUGAUGAUAAAAUCCCAGUGGGUUCUGUAUCAUGGAAAGAGAAGGAAGCAAAGACAGUCAUUGACUCUGAGGAAGCGCAAAAGGGUCUGUAUCCUCUUCACAUACAGGCAGUGUGUUUAUGAGGAGCAGAGGGUCCUGAAAUCACGGAGCUCCUCCUGCAUGCUGCAGAUCCUAAUGUCAAAGCUCAGGAUGCCCAUGAAUUCUAAGAGCUUCUUAAGGUCUGUCCCUUUAAGAAUCAGCAUCUCAUUGCCUCUGGACUCCUGGCUAAAUUCACCCAAUAUGUGUCAUGCCAAAGAGACAGUAUAUACACUGAAAAAAAAACAGCAUUAGCACUCCUCCUUUCUCAGAACUCAAACCCCAACGAAGUGUGGAGUGGCCAUUCACCUCUAUCUCUGGCCAUCGAGAGCGGCUAUGACCUUGCUGUAGAUGAACUGCUAGCUGGAGGGGCUGAUCCUAAUCUUCCUCUCACUCGUCAUGUGGGCAGCGCUCUCUGUGCCCUUGCCAACAUCAUCUACGACCGUGGGCCACAUCCACGCAACCAAGUCAAGCUGCCGGAGAAGUUGAUCAAAGUGGGCGCUGACACCCUCAUGCCUGUGGUGGUGGGCGAGGGCCGCAGGUGCGCUGUGGGAACAGUCGUGGAUUAUGCGCACUGCGCAUUCCAGCAGAACCAGUGCAUGGCCCACACCCCGUAUCAUGCCCUCAACAAGCAUGAGAGACAAGCCUAUAACACCCACCGGCAGUUGCUAGGCCUCAUGGGAGAUCUGCCGAGACAGGCGGCGAUGAGAAUGGAGAAGGAACGAGGCCAAGAUGCACUCGGAAGCCUCGCUUCAAAUAUUGCUAUGAAUGCGGCCGUUCAGUGGGUGUGCAGCUUUCGGCCUGUAGCCGCUGUCGUGAAGUCUUCUGCUGUGGCAAGACCAGCAAAACCAAAGCGUGGGAUGAGUGCCACAGAGACGAGUGUGACCAUGUGA